AAAAACCGGAGCAAGAGAACUGCAAUUGCUGAACCCCCAUCCCCUUCUCUGUUCUCUCUCCGCGCUGCGGUCUCCGAGUCGCCGGCUAGCGGCCGCCGCCACCUCUCGAUAGAUUCCAAGAUUUGGAGGGAGGGAGGGAGGUCACGGCCAUGUCGUCGCUGGGGACAUCCAAGGGGAUCCUGGAGAUCGCCAAGUUCGGGGUGUACCUCGCCGUCCCCAUCACCCUCACCUACCUCGUCGCCACCGAUUCCCAGUCCAUCAAGAAGCUCAUGGGCCUCCGUCCUUACGUAGUUUAUCCUCCAGAAGGUCCACGCCCACCGCCGCCAGAAGAGCUUCGUGAAAGGGCUCGGGAGAUAGCUCGCAGCAGGAGGCAAGAGUAAACGAGUGGACCACGAUAACUUUGAUGAUUCUUACCGAGAUCAUCUGCUGAUUGAAACUAAAAUCCACCCUGGAAGAGAUUCAGAAAAUAUGAACUCAAGCUAAGUGCGACCGUUGACAUGUUGUCAUGGGUGUCUGGUUGUCAAUAACGUGUUGUAUAAGUUGAAAGAAACACAGUGGAUCCAGUUUGUUGUUCUGUUAUGAGCUUUAACUUCUAUCAGAUGGUUGAUGAAAUCAUGAAAAUUACUGAUAACGGUUUGUAAGCUUUGGAGUAAAUUGUUCUCAGUCUCUGGGGUAAAUCAAACUUGGCCAAAUUUGAAGGAA